AUGUGCUCUCUUUAUUCGUUACUUCCGGAAUAUACUGAUGAAACACCGGGAGGUAAAUUUACCGGGACAAUCAGAGUCGAAUGGAGGAUCUUCAAGGAUGGGCAGCCAAUGGAUUCGUCAUAUCCGACCGAGUCGAAAAUUUCGUUUACUAAUGGAGAGCCUGAUCAGCCGGGCCUCAAACUGCCAAUACAUAUACUCAAGGGGCUGCCGCUAGGAUCCGCUUCCACAAUUCGAUUUCCGGCCGCUAUGGUGUUCGCAGCAGCAGCCCGGGAUGAACAAGCCACCCUGGUGCUCUCGGUAGUAGAGAUAACCUCAAUGGGAGAGAUACAGAUGGCCAACCAAAAGAGAAAAGCGCUACUCGACUAUAUCACCAGGGAUGUGGGAGAAUUUUUUGUUACGGCCAUGUUAGCGUCGAAUUGGAACAUUCACAAGGACGAUAUCCUGCGUAUCGCUGAGGGCAAUGUUGCCGUCCUUGAGGGCCCAUCACGCCCAUUCUGGCACCAAUUUAGCGAGAAAUACAGUGUCGAAGGUCCAACCAAGAGAACCGACAUUCUUACAUCAUUCCUUGAGAUUUGCACCGAGCAUGCACUGGCCCCUUUGUGGUUGCCGUAUCUCGUCACUUGUUAUACUGAACUAUAUAAAUUUUAUAUUUACACAAGGCUCCUAAUGGUGGCUUCGGUUUCUUAUCCUUGGCGAAGCAAACUGCAGCCGCAAUGGGUGCGGUACGAUUCACGCUCGGAGUUUUAUCAAACAUCAUUCCCUGACGCCGUUAUCGCUCCAGGUCGUGAUUCUCAUAGCGUUUUCUACGUUGAUGGGUGCUCUCCUCAAUCGGGGUCUGUACUAGACUUGGCCAACACCACCUCCGCCAACGACACUAUUUGCGCCUACGCCUUCCAGUGUACGCCUCAGCGUUACAUUUCUGAGCAGGAGAUGUCCCAUUUUCUCGCCGCCACCACGGCCCAGCAGCUCCAUCAGCAGGCUGACGCUGACUCUCCGGCCGGGUUGGAGCCCGUUACGCCCGACCGCGUGAGUCUCCUUACGCGCCGGUCUAAGGGCGCGACGCUUGAGGCAGACACAUCCAGCUGUAGCUACCACGGCCGCGGCCGCGGCUUUGGCGAGCGGCCCUGUCCGCAGGAGGAUAGGCGCCAAACUGACCACGCCGCCAAUAAAACGAAAAGUCAGUCGAUACGCGGGCUAAGUGCUCGCAACUCGCAAGCCGGCCCUCACAGAUGUGGUAUUCCCAACCCGUCGACGGGGAGGCCGUGUAACACUAUAUUUUCACGGCCGUACGACCUUACCCGCCACGAGAACACGAUACAUAAUACCAACAAGCGGAAGAUCCACUGCCACCGUUGCGGCGGAACGAAGACCUUUUCGCGUAACGAUGCCCUUAUUAGGCACAUGCGCACGGCUCAUCCUGAGACAAACUACCCCCCAGCCGAGAAGCGUCGUAGCCGCGCGGGUGUUCAAUAG